UUGGAAGAGGGUUAACCAAGGAAGUAAAUGUGCAUUUCUUAUUCAUGUUGGUACAACAUCGUCAUUGUUUCAUAAUGGCUGUAAGAGAAGAGCUGAAGAUCUAAUGAAACCAACUCAACGUAUUGACAAGGUAAUGCAUUCUGUAUCAAAUGAGGAAAAACAGAAAAAUCGUUUGCGUCUAAAGACCACUAUUAUGAGUGUUAAGUGGUUAGCUCUUCAAGGUUGUUCUUUUAGAGGCCAUGACGAAUCUCCAUCUUCACUGAAUCGUGGGAAUUUUAUUGAAUUGGUGGAUGCAUUUGCAAAAAUGAAUAUUGAAGUAGGAAAAGUUGUGUUGAGUAAUGCUCUCAAAAAUGCUACAUAUACGUCUCCAGACAUUCAAAAAGAAAUUUUGAGCAUUAUGGCAAAUAGAGUACGACAAGGAAUUCGUACGGAAAUUGGGAAUGCAAAGUUUAGUAUUCUUGUUGAUGAAGCACGAGAUGAAUCUUCACGAGAACAAAUGGCUAUUAUCUUGAGGUUUGUGAACAGUAAUGGAAUUUUGACAGAACGAUUUUUUGCAAUUAAAAGUGUUAGUGACACUACCUCAUUAAAUCUUAAAAAUCAGAUUUCUGAUGUUCUCGUUCGUUUCAACCUUCAAGUGCAAAACAUGAGAGGCCAAGGCUAUGAUGGUGCUAAUAAUAUGCGUGGUUCUUGGAAUGGACUACAUGCAUUAUUUCUUAAAGAUUGUCCAUAUGCAUACUAUGUUCAUUGUUUUGCCUAUCGUUUACAACUCACAUUGGUUUCUGCAGCUAAGGAUGUCUCAGAUAUUAAUUCAUUUUUUUCUCAUUUGGACUAUGUUAUUAAUAUGAUUACAUCAUCUCCUAAGCGCAUCAAUGAGUUGAAAAGUGCCCAAAGAAAAGAAAUUGAGCAUUUCUCUAUAAAGAGUUUGAUUGAUAUGUAUGCUGCAACUUGCAAGGUGCUUGAGUAUCUAAGUGAUCAUUCUCCAAGCACAAGAUCUCGAUCCGAGGUUGGUGGUGUAUACAAAACCAUAACAACAUUUGAAUUUGUAUUUAUCUUGCAUUUAAUGUGUAGAAUAUUAGCAAUUGCGGAUGUUCUUUGUCAGUCCCUCCAAAAGAAAACUCAAGACAUCUUAACUGCUAUGAGAUUUGUCCGUACUACAAAAACUAUCCUUCAAGCAUUGAGAGAAGAUGGCUGGGAAGAAUUUCUUGAAGAGGUGAAGUGUUUUUGCUCAAAAAAUGAUAUACAUGUACCUGACUUUGAUGGUUCAUAUAUGGUUGGUCGUUCUCGUGGUCGUGAGUAUCCUACCAUUGAACAUCAUUACCACUUUGAUAUUUUCAAUGCAGCUAUUGACUUUCAGAUGAUGGAGUUAGAUACAAGAUUUAAUGAGACAUCAAUAGAGCUCCUUUCUCUCAGUACAGCUUUGGAUCCAAAAAAUUCUUUUGAAUCAUUUAAUAUGGAUAAUAUUUGCAAGCUUGCAGAGAAGUUUUAUCCUGAAGAUUUUAAACAGCAAGAUAUUUAUUGUUUGAAAGUUGAGUUGCAACACUAUCAAAAUGAUGUGAUUUCUGAACCUCGAUUUCAAGUACCUACACUUUCUGAUUUAUGUUGA